AAAAGCACAGGGUGUCAAAAAUAGAACCAUGUUGACGUUUUCCGCAGUGUAGUGUGGCCGGAAAACAUCAUCUCAUCUCUGCAACCAUGAGCAGAAUGUAAGGACUUCAAACCGCAGAUGCUACCGGUAUAUGUGAAGUCAGCCGAUAAAGUAACUCUGCCUGCAGGAAGUUGAGCAUUUGCUGCGAAAUCUGGGACCGAAACGAACGAAAUGGAGAAACUGGACGCUUUGGAGCAGCUGUUGCCUGGCUUCCAGCAGUUCUUGAGUGAUCUGACCACUUGCAAGCUGACCAGUGCCUUGGAGGCUCAGGUGGACAAGUACAACCAGAAUAUUCAAGACUACAUUGAGCAACAUUGCACCAUUCCAAAGUCUAGCCCACCGGAUCCUCCUAAAGCUCAACUUUUAAAUGGAAGUCUGACUGAUUUUGCCGCCGAACAGCGGGAACUGGCAAGGAAGGCCCAUCAUGUACCAGAACAACAACAGGGUGGUAUUUAUUACAAUGAGACCAUCAGUACAGAUACCGUCAAUGCGAACAACGGAAUGGAAACUUAUGAGGAGCCUACACGAUCACCUGCUGUACCGACAUCUAAACGACCACCACAGAGACAGAUCCAAGAUGACCUGGAAGUGUAUGAAGAACCAGAUGAUGCUCCCACCAUAAAGCCAACGGGAAAGUCAGCUACCUUGCCACUGCCUUCUAGGCAGGCCUUCACCGAGGCCUUAGACAGUGGAGGAACCACCGUAUCUUUCAACUCUAGUUCCUCAUCGCAGCAAUAUGAUGAAGGAGAGGUCUAUGAAGAUGUACCGGAUGCCAUUGAUGAGUUUGACGACACCUUUUUCAGUGGAACCGAUUAUGAGGAUUACGAUGAAGAUGAACUAGAAAAGAACCAGAAGGUGGAUUCCAAUGCCAACAAGGCUAAGAAGUCCAGUGACAAGUCCAAGAUGGCGAAGGAGGACAAACUGGCCUUGUUCAAGGGCCAGCACGAGGGCGAUCCGAAGGUGGACCACCUAGGACUCCUAUACAUCUCCAACAAGGUGGUGACAGUCUCCAAGAAAUCCAUCACUAAGUGGGACAAGCGAUACUGCCUGGCCAAGGACCUACACCUACUCUGCUACAAGAACUAUGGCUCCAAGAAGCCGGCACAAGACUUUGUGCUCUUCGGCUACACUGUUACCUUCGUUGGGCAAGAAGGCAAACAGCAGAACGUGUUCACUGUCAGCCAUCCCAGCCGUGGUACAGAGUACUUAGGCGCCGAGACUAAAGAGGACGCUGACAAGUGGAUUGAGGUGCUGCAAGGCUAUGCAACUAUGAAGAAUGAACUCACCCCAUCGUCCGGCUUUGUGGAGAAAGAGGGCCAAGGGCAGACUUCUCACACGGAGGAUAUCACCAAGAAAUUCUUGGGCUUGUUCACCAAGCGGGACAAGAAGUCCAAGGAUAACAGCCCGCAGCUUGCCGUCGACAAGAAAGGAGUUCUGUCAGGCUACAUUAACAUCAUGGGGAGUGCCAAUUACGGUGAACCCAAGUGGCGCAAAAAGUAUCUGGUAAUCCAGAAAGGCGAGUUGGAGUGCUAUUCGGAGGACGGGGAAAGGUUGGACUUUCAUUUUCUCCUGAGUGGGACAGAUAUGGCAGAACCGGACUCCAAGGCUGCCAAAGGGAAAGCUGCCAUGAGAAUCGUUCGUGGCAGUGAGACUCUAAUUCACAUAGAGACUCUCAACAUCAUGGACUUGGGGCCUCUCCUCAAGAAGCUUCACGAAGAAAUGGUGCCUGACCUGAAGAAGGAUGCCUCCAGCUCCUCCAAGACGGGGAUGGUGUCCAGCCUGCUGAAGGCAUUUGAGAUUAAUGAGCCGGGGGACCAGACAGAGGAAUAUGAUGAUGUAGCAGUUGGCAGUGGAGUAUCACCAAAGGGACCGCCACAGGCGUAUUAUGGAAACUUCUCUCAAAAUCAAAAUUACGACGUCAUCUAUGAAGAUACCGAUGUUCCCAUUCGCCAAAAUAGCAACGACAGUGUUUCAGAUGACAAAGAAAAAGAAAAGUCUGCAGGGAAGAACUCCCCCAGCUCCAUUUACCAGAACUUUAAAAUUGUUCUCCAGCGGGAUGGAAAGAAGAAAAGCGAAACCCUUCCUGCAAAGAUCGGCAAGGCCUUGGAGGAUGCAGACAGUGGGAAGAAAGACAAGAAAGCCAAAAAGAAGGAGGAGAAGAAGCAGAAGAAGGACAAAAAAGGCAAGGGGAAGGAGGUUGAGGUCGUCACCAAGGAGGAAGAGGUCGUUGCCAAGGAAGUGGAAGAGGCUCCCGGGGAGAAUGUUGGUGAUGGUGGGAAGAAGAAGGAAUCUGUCCGAAGGAGAACAGUGUCUGCUUUUGAAAAAUCUGACAAGAGCCAUCUUCUGGAUGUGGAUCGCUUGGAGAUUGAAAGGAAAGAAGUCGAGGAAAAGCGACGAGUGGUGACCAAGCGGAAGAUAGAUCUCAGAAAUGAAAGGCGUGAGGCUACCGACCCAAAACAGAAGGAACUUUUGGAUGCUGAACUGCAGAAGGUGCAACAGGAAUGGAGCACCUGUAACAACCGUUUGGCUUUCAUCAACUCUGAGAUAGAGAGGUUUAGCAAGGGCGGCGGACCCGACACAAAAGAGGAAAAGAAAGAGAGAUUACGUAUGUCCAUUGUCGAAGAAAUGUCGUUUAAGGACCCCAUGAUGGUGCGCAGGACACGAGACCGCCUCUCGCUCUGCGCCUCAAGAAGUUGGAGCUUAGACUCUGCAUCAGCUGAAAUCGUCCGCAAGGAGAUUUCCAGCACUCAAAAGAAAGAACAGCUAGGAGCUACUUCCCCUGGACUGAAGGUUGCACGGGGUGGAAAUGUGUCAGAUAUGCGUAAGAUGUUCGAGAGAUGAAUAGCAAGUGUUCAUCUUUUCAAGAGGCCAUUUCAGACCAUAAAUUAAUAUGUUGAUGACAAUAUUUUUGUACAGAGCAGUUGUAAAUUUCUACGCUUCCUGUAUAAAGACCACCAAUAGGGAGCACUGUUGCCAAGCUGUAUAUCUAUUUGGGCAUUAAGUGGUGAGACUAGGACUGCGGCUACGUCUGUUUGCGGUCUGUGAAGACAAAGAUCUAGCCCUCGAUUUGGAUGCAGUCCUAUUCUGGAUGCUCAUGAACAGUGCUACCUAUCGGUCGUUUGCAUCCUGCAGCUCACUGUCCCGUUUGUCUGAAGCUCUUCAUAAGAUAAUAUGCCUCAUUAACUUAACAAGGAUAGUAAACUAGAAAAUAUGUAAUGUUUUUGUAUGGUAAAUCUGGUUAGGCAAUGGUUCUAGUUGUAUUAACCGAGGGAAAAAGACACUUUAGAAAUUGAGGAAUUCUUGUCGGAGCUCGUGAAGACAGGAAACGCAGUUCAUGCAACUAAAACCAAGCAGCUGACAACAGUAGUCCGGUGCCUCAAGGAAGGGUUGAUCCUAAGUAUUUGAGGGGUGCUGUGUAUUCAGGAAACAUGACAAAGAUGGCUGAUGACACACUGUGCCAAGAAAUUAUAGUACAUUAGUACUUCAGAUUCCUACAAAACAGAAAUGAUCCUAGAUGCUUAAACAUAUUCCCUACUUUUUCCAAGUUCAUUUAUUAAAAAUGCAUUGCCUUAUCUGUAUAAAUAAGCUUUUGAUAUUUCCAAGGGUGAAAUUCUGCAGGAAUGAGAUCUAGUUUCCACCUCAGUGUGGAAAAGCACGAGAUGUCUGUGAAUAUUUAAUUUUUCAUGUUCUAUGUACGUGUAUAUUUAAGAUUCAUGUGAGCUUCGUUGUCAAGGCAUGUUUUUGUCAAAGUAAAAAUGACCACAAAACCAUUGAUCAUUAUAAAUAUUAUUGGCCAGGUCAUCUUUUCAGUGGAUGGCAUUCCUAAAUUACUUUUGUCCAGCCUUUAAGAGGGCAUUCAGAAUCCAAGCACACUUGGGAAUUCUGGGGUAACUGAGAAUUAUGUGGAUAGUUUUGAACAAGUGGGGAAAAAAGAGUAUUCCUGAAAGCAUUUCACAAAUAUUUAGAAAUAUUGCCAGUCUUGGGAAUUUUGCAAGAAUAUUAACAUGGGCAAUUUGGUUUCAUUUGUUCAUGUUUCUUUAUCUUCCCAAGGAAGAAUAUUUGUUGAGUUCUACCUUUGCAGUUUUUAAAUUUCUAUAUUUGUUUCAGAAUGACUCUGUAUAUUGAAGAUCGCAUUUUAAUUGAACAUUUUGUUUAAACAUGAUAUAUUUGUAGAUUUUUACUUUGCUGUAAUUACACAGAGGUACUUCAGCUGAUUACGUGAUAAUAAAGUUGGUCUUGGUCAUUCUAAAAAUUUUGGGUACAAGUUUUUUAGAGUUUAGCACACACUCUUGAAAUGCAAAGAGUUAUAAAGUAAUGCAUGUUACCUGCCAAACAAAUCAAAAUACCAGUCGGUUGAAGUGAAUUUCAAUGAUUUUUCCAUGUCAGAUUACAGACUGAGGUCAAAUAUUACGGACAAAGCAGGUUACAUUUCUGGACCCUAAAUUGAUAGAAUGACUCGUAUGUUCAGUUUUAAUUUAACUGAAUUGAGACCUAAUUUAGAUUUUUAUACAAGUCUGAAAUAAUUAUAAAGAUGAACAAAGUCAACUUCUUUGUUCAUCUUUAUAAUCAUUCAUAAGCACCUAGUCAGUAUGAUUUGGUUCUUGAUUUAAGUCUGAAAUAAUUUAGAAUCAGGCUUCAUUAGACAAAUUGUAUGCUCCGAAAUUUAGGAAAAGAACUGGUUUUUUAUUUGAGGUACUGACAGAUCGCAUAUUCCUGUCUCACAAGAAGCCAAGGCAGGGAUUCCAGUUUCAGGCAAAAACCCAAUUUUGGGCUUUUUCAUUUAAAAGGUUGGCUAAUUUCAGGUCUUAACGAGGUAUUGAGGCUUUUUUGGUCCAUUUCAGGCUCUGGACAAGAACCUGGCUCACAUCCUUCUGGUGGGUUAAUCACAACCUCAGCAUGUCCAAAGCCUGGUUACCCCUCCAGCUCCAUUUUGAGGCUUCAAAUUUGUGAGUUAUCUUGUCCAAGAGAAAAUGAUCAAGCCAUGGGAUCCAUGUGUUACCCAUGCAGCUUGUAAGUCAUGUCAAUAUAAAUACAAAUUGUACAUUUUUAGAAUCAUCUAAAAUAUGGUGCUGUCCAGAGUUUUUAGAAUUCUGCAGUUGCACAGUUGGUCACUUUCUUUACAAUACACUUUCAGUGGAAUUCCCCAUCUUUAAGUUAGUCAAGUAAUUGUUGCCUGAUUCACAAGUGUAGUGUUUGUUUUAAUAUUGCUUUUUUAAAGAUGUUUGUGUGUUUGGAGGUCAUGUGUAUGAAAAUGUUGAUUUUUUUUUUAUAUUUUCCAAUGUUGUAUCUCCACCAGUACAUGCUGUGCAUGUAAACAAUGAGUAGGUACGUGUUCGAUCAGUAAAUAUUAUGAUGUUUUGGACAGGUUGUGAUUUGGAAAACAUUGGCUACAUUGUUUCACAUCUGUUUCCUGCAGGCUCAGGUGUGCACUGUCAAGAUUUGCUUAUAGGUUUGUUAUAAUUUGCAUGUAAAUUGCUUUGAGUUUUAUUUAAAGUUUAUUUGUUGACCGUACCCAUAUAAUUUUCUUUGAUUUAGCUUUUUUUUCCACACAUUGAAACUAGUGCUUUCUUUCAUGACAACUUGAGCUGUAAGGCGUCAGCAGAUGUUCAUAAAUCCUUUAUCAGAGAAAAUUAACAUGUUUAAUGAGGCCCACCAUAACAACCCUCAACCCAUAGGAUACUCAGAUAUUUUUGUAAUUUUUCUCUUAAUGUUUGUUGAUGCCAUUUUUAUGCAACUAGGGAAGUGCAACUGUAUUUUAUUCCACAAUUGGAAUGUUUUCCGUACGAGUUAUCCACACAUUUUGUGGUGUUGCUGACUGGAAAUUAACCAUAAAAGAGAAUUGGGCAUCUGUAGUACUGUACGGUACAACUUUGGUCUUGUUAAUGUUCUUGUAGAUUUAUGCAAACGUACAGAGUUUUCAUUGGCUGGUGCCAAAAGAGCCAUUGAGAUGUCAGCCAAUCAUGCACUCUGUACUGUGCAGGGAGUGUGAAUCACUAUGUUUCCAUGGUUCCAUGCAUGAAGUACUCACUGCAAGGAAUUCGAGUGGGGCAAUUGAAACCACGUUAGAAGCUGAUGAAUUGUACUGGUGCCAAUUAUGUGUUUUGGUUUUGCUUGCCUUUUGGAAUUUUUGGAAGUCAUUUAAAAAAAAACCCAGGCAUUGAGAAACAAUCUGCUCAAAAGUUACAGCCAAUCCGAAUUCAUUAUUUCUCCACCUUUAGGUUUACACUUGUACUUCCACAACAUACAUCCAUGCACCUGCGUCUCGUCUGCAUGCACUGACGAUGACCUACUUACAAUGUAUGUGUAUGCAGACUGAUUUUUGUACAGAUUUACAUUAUUUUAGUGGAUUUUGGGGCAUGAAAUUGACGUCUUUCAGUGUUAUGUGGUAAGUACCCAGUAAUGACAUAAUUUGUGUAAUAAAGGCAUUUUUUUAUAUUAAGUGUUACCAUGUCAA